GUUGUAAAAGCCUAAGCCACAUUUCCUGUUUGUAAGACAGCGAGUGAAAGAAAGACGACCAGAGACAUUUAAAAUUGACAGCAACUCUAGAGGUAGAUUCACGCUGCCAGGUCCAAAACAAAAGAGCAUCCCAGAUCUGCCAACAUAACUUGAUUUCCUGUUGGAUGAAGGGCCGGGGAGCAGUCCUAGAAACAACACCUCCAGGUAUUGUUAAACCAUGAUUCAGAGACAUUUCAAGUGAAGGAAGUUGUUUGGACUGACUUCAUCUUCAGAACUACAUCCAUGAACUCCAAAAUUUAGCCGGAAACUCGCUGCAAAUAGUAAACAUGGACUGCCAUUUUUCUGUCUGGGGAGUUCUGGCCUUUUUGAGUUUGGCCCUGGUUGUUUCCUUGGUACUGAACGUUUCACAUUAUAUGACAAAGAAGCAAGCUAAAUUAUAUAACGACUACGAAGGGACCAGCCCAAGCUACAAUAACCAUCACGCAGAAGAUGACCCAGUUUAUGGCAACCUUAAUCAAGAUAUUUUAGAGGAAUGUUGUUAUGAACAGAUGACGUCCCAGCCUCAAAGACCAGUUAAUCAGCUACAGGUGGGGGCUGCCAAUCAGAUGUGUUAUGCCUCGCUUGAUCACAGUGUGAAGGGAAAACGCAGAAAACCGAGGAGAAAGACAGACCCUUCCUUAGAAGAGGGUGAAGAAAGAUCGUCUAACCACACCACGAUGGCUUCCAAAGUCAGCAUUUACCUCAAUAGUGAGCAGCUGGCUGCUGAAGACCCAGCAAAAGCAGAAGCCAUUCAUGAUGACCCCAUUCGAUUAAUGGGUUUAAUUCAUACUGCAAAAGGAGAGAACGUUUGAAUUGCCUUCACGAACCAAAUACGCAAUCAGAAAUUGAGAUCUGCUUGUUCAGUCUGAGGGGACAGUGAAUCACUGGAGAUAAUAUUCUGGCAAACAGACAUACCAAAAAAUGGUAUAAAGCGGGUAAGUUAAGUGUUCCCAAAGUGUCUUCCGAGCAUAUUUACAGCCUAAGCAAGAAAUAAAUGUAGAUCCAGUCUGUGAAUUUGAAAGACCUGGAGACAUUUUAAAAGGCAGUUCGUUGUAGAAGUUGGUAUCUCAGCAUUCACAUGGGACUGAUUCCAGUGAAAAUUAAUCAGCGAAUAUUUGGGGUUGCAAAGGACUCUUGGAGAUCAUCUUGUCCAACCCCUCUCCCAAGGCAAGGCCACCUAGAAUCCUUAGUUUAAAACAACUAUCAAGUUUCAGACAGUCCCCAAAGACCCCCUCUAUUUUCUGUAGCGCUUUGACAGAGCCUAACGUCUCUUCCAGAACGGUUUCAGCAAUACUUUUGGCAGGAAUCCAUGUUUCAUACUUGCACACCUCAUGAUUUAGUUGUUUUUCCCAAUUAAAAACUGAUCUGCUGUUCAA